AUGCCACAAUUCGAAGACAAUGUCAAGACCUUCUUCACUAAGGCAGACAAGGAUAAGAGUGGGUGUCUGUCAGCCGUGGAACUCUACCAAGUUCUUCUGAACUCAGGCUUUGGGGGAACCGCUGAUGAUGUACAGUGCUGGUUUGAAUCAAUUGAUAAGAACAAAGACAAGAAAAUUUCUCUUGAGGAGCUACUUCACCAUCUGAGCCUGAGAGAUCCUAAAUCUGUUGAGGAAAGUGAACUGCGGGCACUGUUCCAAAAAAUUGACAAAGAUAAGUCUGGUAGAAUUAGUGUUGAUGAGCUGCAGGCACUUUUGACCCAGCACGGCAGGAAAGGAAAGGCAGAGAAAUACAUCGCCAGUGUGGACAAGGACCAAGAUGGCAAGAUCAACUUUGAGGAGUUUCUCAAAAUGUGGAAGGAAGAUUGUUAA